AUAUGGACGCCCUCACCAUUUUGGGCUUGGUCUACUGGCUGAUCUGCAUGAUUUUGUUCGGACCGUUGAUGUUCUUUGUCUGCGUCUACCUGCCCGAAGUUCCGGUGCGAUAUGUGAAGAGUCUGAGGCAGCAAACCUGAGUGCCUGUUCCUUUCCAACCCACUUGACCACGAAUUAGCCAAGUCCGUAGUACAUAGAUUAAUCAAACCAUAGUUGAAAUGAUAUUGAUGUACAACCGAUCGAUUUUUAAUAAAAUGCUACUCCUAAAUGUAUGGAACUUAAA